CGUGGGAGGACAUGAGGUGGCUGGCUGGGAUGUGGUGUCUGGUUUGCUGAGCUGGCUGGAGUAGCACAAUUGGGGGUAUCAACCGGAUCCUCUCUGUACCAGAGCCGUGGGAUGAGCAGUGAGUAUAGAAGAGGGAUCGUCACGCGAUGAUAUCUGCUGGUGAGUAGGCACCAGCGGCCGGGGGUGACAAGAUGGAAACUCUCCGAGUGUUUACAUUGAAUUGAGAAGUCAUCAUGAAAGAGAGUGCCGUUACCCCCGGUGACAAUGCUGUUGAGAUGGCGCCAGCGACUCGUGUGUGACACGGUUGGAAGUGACUGAUGAGAGGACACCAACAGUCGACGGUGAAUCGAGCGGCCAUAGUGAAUGAGCGAUUAUGCGACUACAGCAUUCACCACCGCAAACAUGACAAUUUAUAUACGACCUUCUUCCGCGUUAUACAUCUCGACCUUCAACCUUGCUACAACUGCCAACAUGAGUCUCCCAUCCUCAAGCAAAGGCUCCUCGAGCAAAGGCAAGGGAAAAUCCACCGAGGCUCUGGGGAAGUUCGAACCACCACGCUGGAGCGAGGUGGAAAGAGCUCUCGACGACCCCUACUUGGAAUGGGAGAUAACGAGCGUGCUGUACACAUGACGGACAAAGCGACGCUGGGCACCGACACGGCGACUAUGGGCAAGAUGUUGCCUGACGCCAACCGCUCGCUCAACAGCUACGCGAGGCAGAUCAGGGACUCCAACGCCAAACACGCAGCUGAGUUGCAAUCGUUGCAGGGCAAGCACGAAGCCUGGACGAAGGAGUUGAUGGAGACGCAGAACAUCCGCUACGCAGAGGUCGAGCGCAGGCUCGGCGCUGCUCAGAAUCGCGCCCAUCACUUCGAGCAGGCCAACCAGGCACUCAACGCCGAGGUCAAAGAUCUCGAGCAGCGACUGAGAACGGAACAACAACGUGCCCUCGGGGUGCAGAAUACCACGACCGACAGGAUGCGUACGAUUCACACCUACGCGCAGCGCGUCAAGGACAUGCUCCAUGAAGCAAGGAAGCAGUUCGACGGGCAGUUGCAGGCAAAUCGGCAGUUCAUGGAGGCGAGGCGCAGGUAUGACGAGUUCAUGGGGCGGCAUGGCGCAUUUGUCCGCAGCUUCGAGGCUCAACACGCUGGGCGGUCGUAGACAAGCGAUUAUUCGGUGCCGGGAAAGCGAUGCAGGCAAUGGUGUUCCUCAUGGUGGGCGUACGUUUGCGGUUCAGGUGAUAGGAUGUCAGGUGCAAAUGGCCUCUGCAAGUAGCACCGGUAGCACGUUCCAAUCACACAAGCU